AGUUGGAGGAAUCCGGUGAGGUGUUUUAAAUGGACCGUAGACUGUAGCUUAAAGGAAAACUGCACCUGGAGCGACGGAGUUGACGAUAGUCCCAUCAUCCGCACGCGUAUUAUUCUGCUCUACGAAUUCAAGGGGAGGUUUUCGAACGAUGUGACAUGACUGCUACCCGAAUGUAACAAUUAGUCUAACCUUGAUGAAAUCCGAUUGUGCUCUUCCGCCGUGUAUUAAUUGGAACCAGUCGGAUGCGCACAGUUCUGCGGCCAUAUGUAGUUGAAUCAUUUAACUGAAGAGGAUGCUUUAAAUGUACAUUCAGUAGAACAUUGAAGGCUACUUUGAAGGCAACCCGGAAUAGCCCCCAAUUAAUUUCAAAUGCCAUGGUAGCUUAUUUGCUUAAACGUAAAGGUCAGAAUCUGGGGUUUGCGAGAUACAUGCUGAAUUGAUUGGAGAUCUUCGGAAUUGACCGCCUUGUCAUUCAUUGCCUGUUGUGUAGGCACGGAAUUUUCACGCGCUGUUCUAGCAAUCCAACAGCUGAACAACAUUGUCUAGGUAGCUCAUCCAAACUGACCGCCCCACUACUUCGCAUCUGCGCCCCGGCCACUUGAAAUGAGGACCGCGUCCCGAGCCUGUUCUGUGUGAAGCCGCGAAAACGGGCAAUUCCUUCCGUCUCUCCCGUCCGCAGUGAGGCAAGGACAUUAAGUCCCCGUUUGGCCGUGCUGCAGCCAUGGACCGGGACGAGAACAAGAGCGUCUCGAAAAAGACCAUAAUCACAAAGAUUUUCAAAGUUCGCAGGAGGAGAGAGAUGCUUUUCGUGCAAGUGUGUUUUCUCUGCAGUGUCCUCUGCAUGGCAUGGAGCAUGUCAGUAUUGCUGACAAAGACAGGGUAUGGAAUAACAUUAAAAAAUGGACACGAGAAGCAUGAACAUUGGGGAAGGAAGCUCAUGGGACAUGAACCCGACAACGAGACCGAGUCGAAGAACUGCACAGAGCCAGCUAUCAAGGAGUUCCCUGAAGACAUGUUUUCCAACUACGAGCGCAAGAGUGGGGCCGUCCUGCUGCACAUCGUGGCGGCCCUCUAUAUGUUCCUGGCCCUCGCUAUAAUCUGUGACGACUACUUUGUACCGUCGCUGGAGAAGAUCUGUGAGAAACUAGACUUAAGUGAGGAUGUUGCCGGAGCCACUUUUAUGGCAGCUGGGAGUUCUGCUCCCGAGCUGUUUGCCUCCGUCAUUGGUGUCUUCAUCACCCACGGUGACGUGGGGGUGGGGACAAUCGUCGGCUCAGCGGUCUUCAAUAUCCUGUGCAUCAUCGGCGUGUGCGGAAUAUUCGCCGGACAGGUUGUAGUGUUGGGUUGGUGGUCUGUUUUCCGAGAUUCAUUCUACUACGUCUUGUCGAUCCUCGCUCUUAUUGCGUUUAUCUACGAUGGGAAGGUAGUGUGGUGGGAGAGCCUGGUGUUGGUGGUCAUGUACUGCGGAUACAUCCUCAUCAUGAAGUUUAACCAGAGCUUGCAGAAGUUAUUUGCGAGUAAAGACGACAAGGACAAGAAUCAGGCCAAUGGUAACGCAGCGGCCAGCAGCGAGAUGCAGGAUGUCAAGCCCAGUAAGGCUUACAGUCGUGGGUCUGUGGUCAUGGUCGAUGAGAUGAUGCAUGCCAACCCUCCCAAGAUGCGUUUCCCCGAGGCCGGCCUCCGCAUCAUGAUCACCAGCCAUUUUGGACCCAAGACCCGGCUGCGCAUGGCCAGUCGCCUCAUCAUCACUGAGCGUCAGAAGCUGGUCCAGGGUGCCAACGGAGUGGAGACCCAGGUGCUGGAGGGGAAGGUGGAUGUUGAGAACGGCAACGUGCCCGAGGACAAGCCUGCAGAGGAGGAGGCCGAAAAUGAGACAAUCUCCCCCUUUCAUAUCCCUGCGGGCAUCAGCAGCAAGUGUAAGUGGCUGAUCGCGUGGCCCCUGCUGCUCCUCCUGUUCUUCACCAUCCCCAACUGUGCCAAGCCUCGAUGGGAGAAGUUCUUUAUGCUCUCCUUCAUCCUCUCCACUGUCUGGAUCGCUGUCUUCUCUUACUUCAUGGUCUGGAUGGUCACCAUCAUCGGCUACACCCUUGGCAUCCCAGACGUCAUUAUGGGCAUAACUUUCCUGGCAGCGGGCACCAGUGUACCAGACUGCAUCGCCAGUCUCAUCGUUGCUCGGCAAGGAAUGGGUGACAUGGCAGUGUCCAACACCAUCGGCAGUAAUGUGUUUGAUAUCCUGGUUGGGCUGGGGUUGCCCUGGGCGCUACAGACCAUGGCGGUCAACUAUGGCUCUGAGGUCAUUAUCAACAGUCGAGGACUUCUCUACUCUGUGGUGCUGCUGCUGGGUUCUGUGGCUUUAACGGUGGGGGGGAUCCACGUGAACCACUGGAAACUGGAUCUGAAGCUGGGUAUCUACACGCUGGUCCUCUACGCUGUCUUCCUGUGUUUCUCCAUCAUGAUAGAGUACAACGUGUUCACCUUCGUCAACCUGCCGAUGUGCAUGGAGGAGUAGCUAGACCCUGCCCACCCACGCUGACCUCUGAACCAGGAUGCUCCAUCCCCUCAAUCCCAGAGAGCAACCAAUCACAAUCAACCUUCUUCGCCGUCAUCCACUACAUUACUAACCCUUGUAACUGAAUCUCCUGUCUGUCUGACUCCAUCUUUCAUUGUCAUAACUGACCUGUUGACCUCUUGAUCUGCUCAUUGUCUUUAAAUCUGUCUCUCCCUGUGCUUGGACUCGCUUUCCCAUGAGGCUUUGUUCUGAGGAGUGGAUGGACGCCUCUCCAUGCCUCAAACGUCCUCCCCUCUCUCAUCCAACAGACUGGACCCAGUGUCAGACUACUCUGUUUUCCAUUUAACCCCUCCAACUAUCUCUAGUCUUACUGUGCUUUCAUUAGCAUUUCAUCAAAGGCUUUAGAAUUAAGGGGAUCCUACUCCCUCUCACAACAACCCACACAUACCUCAGGUUAGGGUUAGUCGUAAACCCCAACAUUGACACUCGACCAUUUCUCCCACUCUCCCCCAUCAAAACCUCUUCUCUUAACCUCCCCACCCCACACCACAGAUCUACCCAAAGACCCUAGGAAGAAAACACAACCUCACCCUCUCGCCCUCAAUCUCUACCUCUCCCCCAAAUCCCGCUUGUGCCCCCACCCUUUGGAGGAGGAACUUUUUUCUACUUCUACUCGUUCUGGCCUGGACCCCUCUGACAUGGUCCAGGCUGUGAUAGUUUCCUGUUUCCACAUCACUACGUCCCACCCCACUGCACCAGAAACUCAUCUUCACUUCUCCCCAUCACCUCUUAAGAAGGACAUUUUGUCAGGAAUCUUUAUGUAAAAUGAGUCCGCGGUCAACUCAAAGCUGAGACUGAAAGAAGAGCGCAUAUGAUGUAUAUUUGCAGCACUGCACAGUGUUAAACUUGUAAACAUGUACUUUUUUUCUCCAUUUUUUUUUUUGUACCGUGUGGGUUUUUGUUUUUCAAACGGGAGUUUAAAAAGGACUCUGAAAUAUGUAGAGGAGCGCUUGUUGCAAUCAUAAAGGACGUUGCCUGUUUCACAGUAAGGAAUUGUGCACAGGGAAAAUGCUUUUCUUGCUUUUUGCUGUAAGGAGAUUUGGCCCUCCUCGAAGGCAGGGCGUCUGGCUGAUGGAGGCGACUCUAUAACCCGUUGUGUUGAAAGUUCAGCUGUUGUUUUUUUUCCCUCGAUCCGAGACUGAUAUCUCUCACACGCACCCUCCAACUGCAAAACACUAAAGAGAGAAACAACUCACUCCGGAUCUUGGGGAGAUGUGACAGAUAAGUCACUGAAUGG